AUGUCAGCAGCACCUGCAACGGACGCGGCGUCCUUGACGCGUAGUCACCACGAUGGUCAGACUGAGCUGCCUCAGAAGGCACAAUCAGCUGGCAACUACAAAGGUUUCGUCGCCGGAGUCUUUAGUGGUGUCGCCAAGCUCACAGUGGGACACCCAUUCGACACAAUCAAAGUCCGAUUACAGACGUCAAACAUGUCACAGUUCAACGGACCGCUCGACUGCUUGAUGCAGACACUCAGAAAAGAAGGACCACAAGGACUAUACAAGGGCGCGACACCUCCGCUGGUAGGAUGGAUGUUCAUGGACAGCUUGAUGCUGGGAAGCUUGACCUUCUACCGGAAACUCCUAAAUGAUCGUGUCUUCCAACCAAUGCACGAGACUAGAGCUGCAGCAGGCGUGUACGCGGUUCCCGCCGACAGGACGCUACCGACGAUAGGUCAUGCAAUCGCAGGAGUCAUGGCAGGAAGCACAGUCUCGUUCAUCGCGGCCCCUGUGGAACACGUCAAAGCGCGCCUGCAGGUGCAGUAUUCAGCCGACAAGUCCAAACGUCUGUACUCUGGUCCCAUCGAUUGUUCACGCCAGAUCUUCCGCCAACAUGGAUUACGGGGACUGUAUCACGGACUCGGGGCGACAUUGAUUUUCCGUACCUUCUUCUUCUUCUGGUGGGGCUCAUAUGAUCUCUUCACGAGGUACUUUAAAAAGAACACUGCGUUGUCUACACCGGCGAUCAAUUUCUGGGCUGGAGGACUGUCGGCGCAGGUCUUCUGGUUGACGAGUUACCCUUCGGAUGUUAUCAAGCAGCGUAUCAUGACGGAUGACUUGGCAAAUCGAAAGUUUCCUCGUUGGCGAGAUGCUGCGAGAGCGGUCGGAAGAGAGAACGGAUGGCGAGGCUACUGGAGAGGCUUUGUUCCGUGCUUCUUAAGAGCGUUUCCCGCAAAUGCAAUGGCCUUGGUGGCAUUCGAAGGUGUUAUGAGAAUGCUUUGA